UUCGUGUGCACUGUGAGGAAGGCGCUCCCUGGAUUUUUCAAGAUGCGCCCGUUGAAUGUUCUUCUGGUCCUCGUUGUUGCAGUAGUAGCUGUCUCGGCUCGCAGACGGUACCGAAUCAGAUAUGCGGACGAAGAUGACUACGACGAGCGGCCCAUCUACAUUCGCCGUGGUCGACCUCGCGUCUAUACUGAUUAUGGUGACACGGCCACCAGUGGUUCUAGAGAUGAACCGGUAUACGUAAUUCGUCGUGGCAAGUCACGGGGCCAUAGGACCUCAUACCGUCAUCGACCCAAGACCAUUGUCUAUGAAGAGCCUUACGCAGAGGAAUCCCGGCAUAACAGAGCACCUCCGCCCGUAAUGCCCCCAGAUGGUCCUCACGGACCGGAUGCCUUCAAGCCCAUGGUUGUAGUUCAAGGAACUUACGCCGUCCACCCAAAAUCCAAGAGCCUGGUGCCUUUCGAAGGCUCUCACAGACCCAUUCCUCGUGAAAUCCUCUCCCAAAUAUAACCAUCACGCGAACCGGCCUUUGCUCUUACGAGGUAGAAUGGAGCAUUUUCUCCAAAAAUUCCAUCGUUCCAGAUCCAUCAUUAUCAUCCAACAAAA